AAAACAUUUGCUCUUCCUGGUUACUCCCCUUUCAGAGAACUGAAACCUUACGGACCUGCGAAGCAACGAGUUAUUGGCUUCAGAGGAAAGGAAACCUAUCAUUCAGCAGCUGUUUGCCAAAGAAAUGGCAGAGCAAGGAUAUCAGAUGGAUUCUGUGAAAUUCUCCUGUUCCAUUUGUUUGGAUCUCCUGAAGACUCCGGUGACUAUCCCCUGUGGACACAAUUACUGCAUGAACUGUAUUGGAAACUUUUGGGACGAUGAGGACAGGAAACAAAGCCACAGCUGCCCUCAGUGUAGACAGACGUUCAAACCGAGGCCUGUUUUGAUGAAAAACACCAUGUUAGCAGAGUUGGUGGAGGAUCUGAAGAAGACUGGACUCCAAGCUGCUCCAGCUGAUCUCUGCUAUGCUGAAUCUGAAGAUGUGGCCUGUGAUAUCUGCACUGGGAGGAAGAUGAAAGCUGCUAAGUCCUGUAUGUUCUGCUUGGUUUCAUACUGUGAAAAUCACCUCCAACCUCACCAUGAUGUCCCUGGACUGAAGAAACACAAGCUGGUGAAUCCGUCCAAAAACCUCCAGGAGAACAUCUGCUCUCGUCAUGAUGAGGUGAUGAAGAUCUUCUGUCGUACUGAUCAGCAGUGUAUCUGUUAUCUCUGCACUAUGGAUGAACAUAAAGGCCAUGAAACAGUCCCAGCUGCAGCAGAAAGGGCUGAGAAGCAGAAGGAGCUCCAGGUGAGACGACAACAAAUCCAGCAGAGAAUCCAGGACCAAGAGAAAGAUGUGAAGCUGCUUCAACAGGAGGUGGAGGCCAUCAAUGUCUCUGCUGAUAAAGCAGUGGAGGACAGUGAGAAGAUCUUCACUGAGAUGAUCCGUCUCAUCCAGAAAAGAAGCUCUGAUGUGAAGCAGCAGAUCAGAUCCCAGCAGGAAACUGAAAGGAGUCGAGUCAAAGAGCUUCAGGAGAAGCUGGAGCAGGAGAUCACUGAGCUGGAGAGGAAAGACGCUGAGCUGAAGCAGCUCUCAGUCACAGAGGAUCACAACCAGUUUCUCCUCAACUACCCCUCACUGUCAGCACUAGUGAGUCUACACACUCACCCAGCGUCAAUUUUCGUCCUCUGAGAUACUUUGAAGAUGUGACAGCAGCUGUGUCAGAGCUCAGAGAGAAACUACAGGACUU